AUGUCCGGACCCGAGGUGGUUGCCACCAAGGAAAGCUCGCUCCUGCCACGAGCUGUACCCGCGGCGACAAAACAUCGGUCUGACAAGGUCCACGGUAUCAUCAUGGGCACUACGGUCAUCAUCAUAUUCCCUUUCGCCUCGAUCUCCUGGAGACUGCUCGACCGACUCGUGAGCGGGAGAACCCUUUUCAGAAUCCAUGUAUGCUGCCAGCUACUGGGCCUAGCGAUGCUCAUCACUGGGUUUGGCCUCGGGGUUUGGGUCUGCAUUAUCCACGACGAGGUAUACAAUGAUGCAUGGGGCCAUACUUUCCUCGGCACCAUCCUCACAGCCCUCUUCAUCCUCCAACCUAUGAUAGGGCAAUGGCACCACUACCUCUACAUAUCUCGUACUCGGCAAACCAAACCCUGGAUCCGUGUUUUCCACAUCUGGAUGGGCCGACUGUUGAUGGUUGCGGCAAUUAUAAACGGCGCCACAGGCAUCGUACUGGCUGCCAACACCCCUGGUGGCGAAAAAGGUUACAGUUCCGCGGCUGGCAUUGUCGGCGUGUUCUACAUUGUGAUCCUGCUGCUCUGGUACUGGAACAGAAGCAAGCAGAACCUCGAAAAGGACAGUCAGGACAUGACAAUGGAAGGAAAUGCUGAUGUGGAAGGAAAAACGCUUCCGAGUGUGGGUGUCAGCCAGAUAUAG